GCAGCGAUGGCGGCGGCGGCGUCGCCUGUCGGCUGACCCGGCCUCUCGCCUUUGGGCCGGUGGGCCCGGCGCCCGCCUGAGGGGAGCCAUGUCGAACGCGGGGACCCGGAGGGCCGGAUCCAGCAUCAAAGUUCGCCUGACAGUGCUUUGUGCCAAGAACCUUGCAAAAAAAGAUUUCUUCAGGCUUCCUGACCCAUUUGCAAAGGUGGUGGUGGACGGUUCUGGUCAGUGCCACUCAACUGACACUGUGAAGAACACGCUAGAUCCCAAGUGGAACCAACACUAUGAUCUAUAUGUUGGGAAAUCGGAUUCUAUCACCAUCAGUGUCUGGAACCACAAGAAAAUACACAAAAAGCAGGGAGCUGGCUUCCUGGGGUGUGUUCGACUCCUUUCCAAUGCCAUCAGUAGGCUAAAAGAUACUGGAUACCAGCGUUUGGAUCUAUGCAAACUAAACCCCACAGAUACCGAUGCAGUACGAGGCCAGAUAGUGGUCAGCUUACAGACACGGGACAGGAUAGGCACAGGAGGGUCUGUUGUAGAUUGCAGGGGGCUGCUGGAGAAUGAAGGAACGGUUUAUGAAGACUCAGGACCUGGAAGGCCACUGAGCUGUUACAUGGAGGAGCCGGCGCCAUACACAGACAGCACUGGAGCUGCUGGAGGAGGGAAUUGUAGAUUUGUGGAAUCCCCCAGUCAGGACCAGACACUCCAGGUGCAGCGUUUACGGACUCCUGAUGUGAGAGGUCAUGUACAAACCCCCCAAAAUAGGCCACAUGGUCAUCAGUCCCCAUCGCCUGACCUGCCUGAAGGCUAUGAACAAAGGACAACAGUACAGGGACAAGUUUACUUUUUACAUACACAAACUGGUGUUAGCACAUGGCAUGAUCCCAGGAUACCAAGAGACCUUAACAGUGUGAAUUGUGAUGAACUUGGACCUCUACCGCCAGGUUGGGAAGUUCGAAGUACAGUGUCGGGAAGAAUAUAUUUUGUAGAUCACAAUAACAGAACCACACAAUUCACAGACCCAAGACUGCAUCACAUCAUGAAUCACCAAUGCCAACUAAAAGAACCCAACCAGCCUUUGCCAGUGCCGAGUGAGGGAUCAUUGGAAGACAGCGAGGAGUUGCCUGCUCAGAGAUACGAGCGAGACUUGGUGCAGAAGCUAAAGAUCCUCAGGCAUGAGCUCUCCCUCCAGCAACCCCAAGCUGGCCACUGCCGCAUCGAAGUAUCGAGGGAAGAAAUAUUUGAGGAAUCAUACCGGCAGAUAAUGAAGAUGAGGCCAAAAGAUCUAAAGAAGAGACUGAUGGUGAAAUUUCGAGGAGAAGAAGGCUUGGAUUAUGGUGGAGUGGCAAGGGAGUGGUUGUACCUUCUGUGCCAUGAAAUGCUGAACCCUUAUUAUGGACUCUUCCAGUACUCCACGGAUAACAUUUAUAUGCUGCAAAUAAAUCCAGACUCCUCUAUCAAUCCUGAUCAUCUGUCUUACUUCCACUUUGUUGGUCGGAUAAUGGGUCUGGCUGUGUUCCAUGGGCACUACAUCAACGGAGGUUUCACUGUUCCUUUCUACAAACAGCUGCUGGGCAAACCCAUCCAGUUAUCUGAUCUGGAAUCAGUCGACCCAGAACUACACAAGAGUUUAGUUUGGAUUCUAGAGAAUGACAUCACUCCGGUUCUGGACCAUACUUUCUGCGUGGAGCACAACGCUUUUGGCAGGAUUCUGCAACAUGAGCUCAAACCAAAUGGAAGAAAUGUUUCUGUUACAGAGGAGAACAAGAAAGAAUAUGUGAGGUUGUACGUUAACUGGCGGUUCAUGAGAGGGAUUGAGGCCCAGUUCCUGGCUCUUCAGAAAGGCUUUAACGAACUUAUUCCUCAACACCUACUGAAGCCUUUUGACCAGAAGGAGCUUGAGCUCAUAAUCGGUGGCUUGGAUAAGAUCGACUUGAAUGACUGGAAGUCCAACACCCGCCUGAAGCACUGCAUGGGAGACAGCAAUAUUGUCAAGUGGUUCUGGCAAGCGGUGGAAGCCUUUGAUGAGGAGAGGAGGGCCAGGCUGCUGCAGUUUGUGACGGGCUCCACGCGGGUUCCCCUCCAGGGUUUCAAGGCUCUGCAAGGUUCUACAGGCGCCGCAGGACCCAGGCUCUUCACUAUCCACCUGAUAGAUGCAAAUACAGACAACCUUCCAAAAGCUCAUACUUGCUUUAACAGAAUUGACAUUCCGCCUUAUGAGUCCUAUGAGAAGCUUUAUGAGAAGCUGCUGACAGCUGUGGAAGAGACAUGUGGGUUUGCAGUGGAGUGAUUGGGCAACCAAAGGAAACAGAUACUACUAGCUCAUGGACCACCAAAUCAAAAAGCUGUAAGAAGAAGCUUGCUGUGAACUUCUUUUGUCCAAAGCAUUGCGACGCUUGACAACUGGGGGAGUGGAUGCUGCUUCCUCUCCUUCCUUCCUUCCUGUGGUGGUGUUGGGGGGGGCUUUUGUUGGGGGUUUCCCAACCAUACUUUUCUCCCCUUUGUUACAAAAAUUCCCCCUCCCUAUUUCCCCCCCCCCAUGUCCCAUGAAACAAAAGGCAGGCAGGCUCAGCAUUUGGUUUUGGUUACCCAAGAUAUUCUGCUAGACUCGUAACACAUAUUGUGAUAAGGUCCAUGACCUGUGGUCUUUUUUUAUUAUAGGAGUAUCAAACUGUAGUUGAGUAUCUUGAGAUUGGUUUGCUGAGGACUUUCAACUGGUAGGUGUAUCUGGGUGUUUUGUCUUAAUGCAGUCCUGAGCCCUUGUAGCAUCCAGAAGCAUCCUAUGGAAAUGAGACUGGCGCCGGGAUUCCAAAUUGCACAUUUCAGAAUACCCAUUAAAGAACAGUUAGCAGGAAACGGCUCCGUAGGUGCAGACAGCUGAAGGUUAUUCCUUGAGAGGGGGCUUUUUGUCCAAGGGUGGUGGCUUGGCUCUUAAGAGAGAGGAACCCAGAGGAGUCCAAGCCAUCUUGAAUUGGGAGGUAAGUUUUCAUUCUGGAUGCUUUGUACAUGAGACAGAUUUGUUCUGUGGACUUCCUUCCCUUCUGUGUGUGAUUGAUGGCUUAUGUUAGAGAAUGUGGCAGCGGGGAAUGGGCCACAUUGUCAGCAGCCUGAAAAAGUUUUAUCCUGACAUGGUUUUUUUCAGAUUCUUUUUUUUUUUUACUUGAAACUGCAGAAAUUCUUUUAAGAGGAAAUAGCUAAAAGCAAAACUAAUGGAACCAAGUUCCGCCGUUGAGCCGCUGGGAGUGGGAAAUGGCUCUGUUGAAAGAUGAAUAUAUGAUAAACACGUAACACAGGGGUUUUAAGCCUACAGAUACUGAGUAACCCAGAGUACUGCCUUCAACUGUUCUUCACCCUGACUUUCAUAUAUCUGAAGCUAAUGUUCAAGGUUGGUGUCAAGUCAUUGGUUUCACACAGCUUCUCAGAUGCAGGAGAAUCAACCCUGUCAGGUUAACCAAAUUAAACAGGUUUUUCAGUCUCCACAAGAAACAAGGCAGUGUUUUUAACAACAUAACAUUUUCUUGGCAAAAAAGGCCAACUAGUAAUCAAUUGUGAUUCAGUUCAUAAGACUCCCCCCCCCCCCAAUA